CCAAUAAGUAUGCAAAAAACUAGUUCGUAAUGACGAAAAAUAAAAGCAUAUAUAAAAACUAUUUCAACUUUAAAUUCGAAACUUUGGUGUAUCACUUCAACUGCUCUUGUAUAUACCCAAUCAGUUAAUCAACUAGAAAUCUAAUUCCGUUUUCAGUGUUUUGAUUUGAAACAUCGAGCAAGUUAUUAGAAUAAAUUUGUAUCGUUAAAUUAUUUAAGGUUCUUCUACAAAAUAUCACUUAACCUUAUUAUUUGUGGAUUUUCCCAUCUAAUUUUUCUGUCAUGGUUACUGAAGCUGGUAAAGAAUUACUUCGAAACAGCAUAAAUACGGCGAAUUUCCACAACAAAAUUAUAGAACAAAAUGAGAUGUGGAAACAAUGGGAAAUCGAAAGAGGUCUCACUAUGAUGGUUUCAGAUGAUGAUAUUUUGAAAAAGAUACGAAAGAAUCAUCGGUGCUCCAAGCAUCAAAAAAUGGCCGAAUCACAAGAAUGGUCUCGAAGCGGUAUGAAUAUAGACACAGUAGCUGGAACCUCUUCAGCUGACAGGUGGGAUCAUAAUGGAUUUAAAGAGCUUUAUCCAGAUGAAACUGCUGAGAAAAGACCAUUAAAAUCAACAAAAGAACAAUUCAAAAAAUGGGGUCAUAGUGGAUUCCACAAACUAUAUCCUGAUGAAUCACGGAAAGAAAGAUCAUCAUCAGCAUCAUCAAGUUCUAAAAGUUUUUCCAAAAAGUGUGAUAGAGACUUAAGUUCUGAUGAAGAUCAAGAAAGGCAACUAGCAGCUUCUAGUGGGAAAAAGUGCAAAAAAAAGUGUACUCGAUGUGGAAUACUCUUUUACAAAGACAAUAAAGAAAAACAAACUGUGUUUUCUAAUUCAAAAAAACAUGAUGAAAAAUCAAAUCACUACAGUUAUGAAGAUCUAUAUCGCAAAGAAUUAUGUAAACAAGGAACAUUAUCACCUUGUCUAAAUAAACAUGCUAAAAGAGCAUUUUUAUCAUCCUCCCCAAGAAGAAGUGUUCAAAGAUCAUUGUCACCUUCUCCAAGGGAAAUUGCCUUGAAGUCAAAUCACCAUAUUUAUGAAGAACAAUGUGUCAAAGAUUUACAUAAACGAACAUCACUGUCACCAUGUCUAAGUAAACGUGCUAAAAGACCAUCACUAUCAUUUUCUCCCAGAAGACUUGUUCGAAGAUCAUCUUCUCCGAUAGAGCGUGUUAUGAAGUCUAAUCACUACAGUUAUGAAGAACAAUAUCACAAAGAAAUGUAUAAAAGAACAACAUUAUCUCCUUAUAUAAAUAAGCAUUCUAAAAGACCAUCGCUCUCAUUUUCCCCAAGAAGACGUACUCGAAGAAGACCAUCUCCUAGAGAACGUGUUAUAAAGCCUAAUGACUACAGUUAUGAAGAACAAUAUCGCAAAGAAUGCCUUAAAAGAGCGCCCUUAUCCCCUUAUCCAAUUAAGCGAGCUAAAAGAUCGUCAAGACGCAUGCGAAGAUCAGCACAAGAUCUAAAGUGGGAUCACAAUGGAUUUCUAGAAAUGUAUCCUGAAGAACGUCUGAAGAAAAAAUCCUCUAGAUUAAAAAAAGUCUAAAGCACAAAGAGAAAAAGAAAAGGAAAAAGAGGCAUCGAUCUGAAGCUUCUACGUCUGAUAAUGAAAUUUAUGCUGAAUUUAAAGAGUUUAAAA